AAUAACGCAAGCUACGAGCAAAUCUGGCUCCUGGGAAACAUUGGUGCUUUUUGCUGUCAAUUUUACACGUUUGAAUGUACAAAUGAACAUGGGAAAUGUUAUGGGAAAUGUUGUGUGGACUACCAAAGACUUUAAAGCCUAUGGAAGAUUAUCAAUUGGAAGCACUGGCCACAAGAACAUGCACAUUGGACUCAGUUUAGGCGGUUCAGGAUUAGAUGCUAAGGGUGGUAUCGUUGGUGGUACCAUUGAAUUGUCCGAAAUUAAUGUUUACUUAAAAAUUCGUGAAGAUCCUGGGAUGGAACCUGAUCAUACAGUGGGUAUGAAAUUGUUUGCAUCCCAGUCUCGCUUGGACUACAUGGGUACCAGUGUUCUAAUGGGACGUGUAUCUUCAUUUGCUGUAACUCUCAGAGAUGAAUGGAAGCUAAAGCAGUGUGCUGAGGAGGAUGAGGAUGCUACUCGCAGGGGUGCAACAAUUUUCAUCCUCGGUGAUUUGGAAUGGGAUCAGUUGCAACUCAUUAUAAGCAAAUCAACAACAGCUGAUCUUCUGAAGAUGCACCACAAAUUAGAUGAAUUCUUCUCUCAGCAGUUCAAGUCCAGCAAAAGAGUUUUCUCUUCUCUGCAGCCAACACGACAUAAAUCUUCAGUGAAACAGAAGCACAAGGAUGGCAACCGCAAGCUAGCCAAUGUUUUAGGUAUUUCAACAGGUCAGGAUGCACGUCACCACCGACAUUGGCAAGGAGUUUUGAGUAGAGUAUCUGGGCUGCGCCUCACAACGCUACCCUUGCCCCUCCCAGACUCAGGGACUGUCCUUGGGGGAUCUUUGGAGUUACAUGGAAAAACAAUCUCCCUUGCCUGCUUCCAUGGAGUAAAUUUCAAGAGCAAAUCAUGGGCUCUGUUUAGCCUUCAGGAGCCUUAUAUUAACUUCACAUCAGAAGUUCAAGACGUCCCUGGUGACCCUCCUCGGGAUACCCACAUUGUUCAGAACCUAACUUUCAGCCUAGGAGUCAUGGAGCAGACUCAUGCACAGCAUGUCUCUAUGGCUACUGUUUGUCGUAUCACUAGAAACAUGGUCUUCCCUCCACAGUUUAGAACAAUACAAGAAUGGUUUCAUUAUGCUUUUUGCACUUCUGAACUUGAUAAUGUUGACAGAUUUCCAUCUCUGGAUCGUAGUGACAGCUUACUUUCUUCAUCUUCUGAAGGAAAAAGAGCAUCAACUAGACUACAAGAUCAUAAUCAUUCUUCUGAAACCAUUUUUGCUCUUCCUUCAAUGCAGAUUCAUUUGAAUACCAAGCAUCUGCAGUCUGCAACAACACCUGAUUUUAUGGAUGAAAAACCUAAAGUUGAAUGUGCACUGGUAACUGAAUUCCAAGACCACAUAUUUGUUGCUGUUGAUGCGGAGAAUUUCUUUUUCCUUCAUGAUCUUAUUUCAUCAUAUGUGAAAGACACUAAAGAAAAAAUGGCUAGGAAAAUAAAGGUGGGUUCUGAAAAUGACAGCAAGGAUGGAAUAGACAAAAAACCAAAAGUUGUUCGAGUGAAUGAGCCUACUCAGUUAUUACAGCAAGACUGGCGAGAGUUUACGUGCACAACUUGGCACUUGGAGCCAACUGUCAGAUUACUAUCAUGGGCAACUAAAAAUCUUGAACCUUAUGGUGUUGACUACAUUCUCCAGAAACUUGGCUUCAGCCAUGCUAGAACUACCAUUCCCAAAUGGCUUCAACGGGGUUGUAUGGAUCCUUUAGACAAGGUUCUAUCAGUGUUGAUGUUCCGAAUGAUUGCAGCAAUAUAUGAGCAUGACACAGCAAAUAAAUAAACAAAAAAUCUUUUAGGUAGAAGAUGAACAUCAUCCUCUUUUAUUUCACAAAAGAAGCAUGAGAGAGAGAAAGAGAGAGACAUUGUCUGUUUAUAGAUAUUUUAGUAUUGUGCAUGGUUACAGUUUGUUGCAAUGCAUUAUUUACUUUAAUGCAAAACCACACCAAUUGCUAUACAAUUUAUUAUAACAGCAAUUUCUUGACUGUAUAUAGAUAUGUAUGUAAUUAGUUUGGAAAUUACUAGUUUAUAUAAAUAACAGGCAUCAUUGAAUAGUAUUGUAAAUAUACUUUUUCAGCACACUGCUUUACCGAAUUAUUAAGAAAUUCAACCUGAGGAUGAACCAUUUUUCUGUUUUAACAGGAAUGGUUAUUCUUUUUUUAGCUCUAAGUUGAACAUUCAGUUUUAGGAUAUAGGUUAUCAUAACUUUUUUAUAAAUACAUCACAACAGUGAUUAUGAUUUCAAUGUCCAGAAAAGAAUAGUGUGCUGUUUUAAUACGAUUCCAAGUAUAUGUCAGACUUCAUUGUUAAUUUGGAAAAAUAAGAACACUCUAGUCUUUAAAGCAUUUGUGGUACUGUAUAUUAUUUAACCAUACGAUAUGAAGUUGAUAUACUGGCUUGUCAACAUUUUCUGUGCAUUAUAUUAUUUACUACUAUAUGUACAUUAUUUAUUUUACCUAUGUACAGUAAUAUCUCACAUUAAGUCGGUAACUCGUUCCAAAUACACAACUUAAGUCGAAAAACAAUCAGCCAAAAUAAGACUGAAAAAAUUACCUUGACACCCUCGAAACCUUUAUAAGCAACCUCAUGAUAUAACUUUACAUGUAUGUAAACUUACAAUAAGCGUUUCGAUAGUUAAAUAUUUUACUGUAUUUUUAAUACUAAAAAUUUAUGCAUAGUAUAGAUUUUAAAGAAUGCAGAGAACCAAAAGAAACAGGAAUGUAGCACUGUAUACUGUAUUGUACUGUAUCUUCCUGGUGAGUGACAUUCCUGUGCUGAGUGGGCCAGAGGAGAGACUGUAUGGAUGGACAUCAUAAGUUGAUUUUUAUUAAAUCCCCUAUAAUUUUUUACCAAAAUUUUCAUAACAUCAAAAAUGCCGUAUGUUGAAACGACUUAACUGGAGGUAUUACUAAAUGGAGUUCAUUUACCCUCAGUGUUAAAACUUUUAUAAGCUUCUUGCAAGUAUAGUAUAUAUUUUCAGCAAUGACCCAUCUCCAGAUAUUUUAAAUAACAUAGCCAUCUCAUGGAGCUAGGAAGUUUGAAUAUGACUAUAUAUCUUUGGUUUAUUAUAUCACUUAUCACCUAUGUGCCAUAAGGCAAUAUAAGGCUUUGCUGAUCUGCAGUAUUUCCUUUUACAUGACUCAUAAAAUGUUCAAAUACAAUAUUUACUUUAUUAUGGAUUUGUACAUUUUAAAAAUGUUUGUAUCCCUUCCUGUAACGUUAUAAAAAAAACAUUUUAUAAAAAGAUUCUAGUCUGUGUAAAGUUAAUUUAUUAGUGCAGUACUACUUCCUACCAUUCCUCAUUUAGUUUAGUUCUAUAAGACAAGUUGUCUCAUUUCUAUGUGUUGUAUAUUAACAAUAAUGAUUUAAUUUUUUAUAAUUUAUGGGAAUAUUUAAGAAUAAAUUAUUUUAGUUGUUAUUUUACCUUCCUGUUGUUUUUCAGGCUUAUAAGCUAAGCUUUGCUGUUGAUGUAUUUUUUAUUGUGUAUGACAUAAUUGUAAAAUGCUUGGGUUUUGUCUGAUUGCAUAAUAGCUGUCCAGCACUGCUAAUUGAUCAAAACAAUCCUUGUUGUAUCAAACAAACAUAUUAUAUUCAGUGAAUCUAUAGACUGAAAACAAUGUUCUACUCCUAAGAGUAAAGUUGGCUAAAGAGCUUUUGUAAAGUUAUUGAGCACUUCCAUGAAAAUACUUUGUAGUACAUUUUAUAUAUUCUUUCUGGUUAAUGAUUGAUCAUUAAAUUAAAAAUUCAUACAUUUAAAAACAUGCACUCUCGUGGUGUGAGAAUGGACAACUUUGUUUUAUCUGAAUAUCUAGUUGUAAUAUUUAUUUGCAAAUUUAUUAAAAUAACAAUGAGGCAAAUAAAUCAUAUUCAGACAUUCAGCAAGGGGAAAUUCUAAAUUCAGUGUCUAGCAAUGUUCAAUUAUCUGUGAGAAAUAUAUUACUUUAUUAUUUUUUUAUGUUUAUCGUGUUAUCUUUGCAAUAGUAAGUCUAAUUCAUUUAAAACUGAAGACCAAUCAGUUCUUGUUAUCAGGUUUCAAAGUUUGGUAUUUUCAUAUUCACAUGAAAUUACAAUGUUAUAUAAAAGCAACCCUUUGAUGUUAGUGUCAGCGUUUCUCUUUCACAUCUUGAACUUGAAAUUUGUAAACUUUACACUGGUUUAUAUUGAAUUUCACAACACUUUCAGUAAGAAUAUUUACAACUCACUAGUUACACAAAUGCUGUUAACAACACUUCAUUGAAACCAUAAUUGCACAGGAAUUACACAAUCAUGAUUAAAGCCUUUACUGUAAAUUAAAUCUGCAAUACCGAGAAUUGUCAUUUCUGAGCAUUACUAGUUGAAGCAAGGUUCAUGUCAAAUAUUCAGUACAUGGAUAAUUACUUUUUACUGUUAGUUCUGAACCAAUGUAUGAACUACACUACAAAAUAACAACUGCUCAUAUUGGAUUGUAAGCAUACAGCAUGAAAUAGUGUAAUAUUGUAUGAUAAAUACUUGAAUGUAAUUUAGCACUAAUGAUGGUCACCUCAUAAAGGACAAAAAUAAUUAAGAUUUAAAUUGGGAAUUGGCUUUUUUAAUAUUCAAGGAGACUAUAAGUAAUCUAGAGAUUUACACUUUAGCAAUUUAACCAUGGAAACAAGCACUUUUCAUUAUGAAAGCUAGUGACUGGGUAUCUUUCAAGUGUUAUCCUGUUGCAGGGUGCAGGUAAGUCUAGUCAUCAUGUUCAUAUGUGUACUCUGUAUAGUUAUUUUAGCCUGAUAAUAAAUUUCAAGCUUC